AUGCGAGCGGUCUCAAAUGCCAAGCGAGCACGUCUCGGCAGUAGCGUUGGACCAUCAGGGCCGGGAAGUGUGAGGGCCACCCCUGCAACUGCCACCCGUCGUGGCCAAACCAUCAACAGUGCUGCUAGCAGCAUCGUCCGUCCCGCUGCUGCUAUCACUCAUGCCAAUACCAGGAUACCUAGCACUUCAAGGAUCCCCGCUCCUCCAUCCUCACCAACUCAGAACAGGCAAGGAGCGACGCAAAAGACUGGACCUGCGUUCGCGCUGGAUUCCAAGGACGCUCCUAGACCUUCAUUCAGGGCUCAACACAGCUUCAGACCUAGACCGUCGACAGCUGGCAAUGUCUUCUUUGCUGGUGCUAGAGCACCCUCUGGAAGCAUGAAUGAUGCCGCAACGCAGGGCGCGUCUCAAGCUAGCAUGUCGCAAGUAGGACAAGGUUCCAGUAUGGGCAUGCCUCGAUCCACUUCGGACCACAGCAUUGCUGGUAGCGAAACGACGGUAGUUGUGCACCGACCGAGCACGAACGUCGGACAGGACAGAGGAGCGCGCAGAAGAGGUCCGCGUCCUUCGAGCGCGCUAGUCACCAAUUUGGCGUCCAAGACCAAGUACGCUCGUCCGAGCGUUGGGGGUUUGGGAGAUGCACCUUCGAUCAGGACUGUCAGCUCCGAAAGAGCUUCGUACAGAAUCCCAAGCGGUGGAUACGCACCUGCCGGACCCAACUGGGCCGUGCUUGAUGAAGACGAUGAGGACGUAUUCGAAUCACCUGAGCACGGUGCUGGCGCUGUCCCCCAACAUGCUUGA